AGGCGAGUUUUGGCUAAAGCUGCAGCUUGGCAUCGGGGACCCGCGGCAUGGGAGAGGCUGAGAAGCGUAAGCCGCUGCACCUUGAUGGCGGCAACCUCACCGAGAAGAACAUGGGCCAGCUGAAGAAGCUGAACCUGGCAACCUUCCCUGUGCACUACAAGGACCAGUUCUAUCUGGAUUUGGUGAAGUGCUUGGAGUACUGCCGCCUCGGCUUCUGCGCCGAUGUUCUGGUUGGCUCCAUUUGCUGUCGCCUAGAGGAGCGGAACGAAGGCGGCAAGGCGCUCUACAUCAUGACCUUGUCCGUGCUAGAGAAGUACCGGCAGCGCACUUUAGCAUCGCAGCUCGUCCAGUGGAUUCUGGACAAAGCGCAGAGCGCGGAGUGCCGAAGCAUCGACGUCCGAGAGAUCUACCUGCACGUGCAAACCUCCAACAAGACCGCACUGCAGUUUUACAGGAAGUUUGGCUUUAAGGUGACGGAGAAGAUCGAGGACUACUACCAGAAGAUUGAGCCACCUGAUUGUUACGUUCUCAGACGGCCAAUGAAUGGCCAUGAUUUGGCGGACACGGUUCUGGACGUCGAACUGUGAGAGCGCUUGGACGUGUGUGUGUGCAUCUUGUG